UUGGAGAUGGAUGUCGGGCACGCUGUCCACGCCGUUGAUCCGGCAUGCGGCGCUUGGCUGCUAGGCAAAAUCGUUGGCAAAAACGAAUCACAACUUCAAAUCAAAUGGCGAGACUACCCCAAGGUUGAGCCAUCAUGGAUCGCGAAAGAAAACGUUCGGGCACCAGAGAAGCGUCGACAACUUCGCCGAGAAAUAAAAGUUGACCAGUGGCCGUCUCUGAAAGCACCUCGCAAUCUUCAAAGAGGAGACUCGGUGCUAAGUGUACGUGAGGAUGGCACACCGGGAGAACCAUUCGUAGUAGAGGUCAACGAUGGUUUCAUGUGCGAGGUGUUGACAACUACUGGACGUGUACUUCGUUACGAGUUCAUAAAGGAAACCACGCGAGGGACAGCUCUCCCUAUACAGGCUGGAACAUCAUCAGCAUCCACACAACCACCUGUGACGGUAAGUGUUUUUUGUCAUAACUUCUGGACUACUGCAAAGUCGUCCGACAAUGGGCAUUAAGGAUGUGACGUCCCGACGUUUACACAUGUACAAGUUUACCUCCUCUCGCC